UGUAUGGAAAGACCGCCCUAACCUAAGGCCCUUUAGUUUUACUCACAUCUAUUAGGGAGACAAGCUCAUCAUCCUAUCUCGUCUUUUCACUGCUUCUCCCUAGCACCUCCGGCAAUAUCUUUCAUCCCAAAUCACAUGUGUCGUACUGUUUUUGCCGCUCUAUUUUGUGUGUCCCUUGUGAUUCCCGGCUUCAUCCGUACUUUCCCAAGCAGCUCCAACUACAUGAGAGCCCGACAUGUCGUCCGUUCAUAAGAUCUGCCUUGCCGUCACUCUACUGUUCUCUAUAGUUAUUGCUAACGUCCAGCCGGGGCAAUACGACUAUGGGUUUACCGCUGAUCUUCGUUUGCGAAAACGGGCUCCGUCUCAGUCUUCUAUCGUAACCGGCCCUCCUCGGUUCAAUGGGGAAACGCAGUUGAGACAAGAUAUCCGAGAUUUGCAAAAUGACGAGGACAAAUGGAACUUGUACCUCCUCGCCCUCAGCUGGAUGCAAUUCACCGACCAAGAGUCACAAUUCUCGUGGUACCAGAUCACAGGGAUUCAUGGAGCUCCUGCGUUAACAUGGGCUGAUGUUGACCCGACGCCUGGAAAUGAACAUAGUGGGUAUUGUACUCAUGUGUCCAUUCUGUUCCCUCCCUGGCAUCGACCUUAUCUUGCUCUAUAUGAGCAAGUCUUGUACAACAUUGUUCAAUUUAUUGCGUCGUUCUACCCACCAGAGCUUCAAGACCGGUUCCAAAAAGCUGCAGAUACCUUCCGGAUCCCGUACUGGGAUUGGGCUGCCGUCCCCCCGAACGGAGUCAGUGUCCUCCCUCUAAGUGUUGGUGCUUCGCCGAUCAUAAACGUGACCGGACCAAACGGUGUUCAGAGUAUUUCCAACCCUCUAUUCAGUUACGUCUUCAGGCCAUUCAAUAGUUCAACUUUUCCGGAUUUCCCUUAUAAUACAUGGCUCGAGACAAAACGGGCACCGCGUCCGAUUAAUAGUGCGAAUGCAACUUCAAAUAAUUCAUUCGUGGCACACGCAUUAGAUGUCCAUCUCCCAAGUUUCCAGCAGCGGUUAUACAACCUAUUUUCUAACUACCCCAACUAUACAACCUUCAGCAACGAAGCCUGGAUUCCUGGUCCCAACAAUGGCACGUACGACUCUCUUGAAUCUCUUCACGACGCAAUCCACACAGUUGGAGGAGGUGUUUACGGGCAUCUUGCUAUCAUAGCCUAUUCCGGAUUUGAUCCACUCUUCUGGCUACAUCAUGCCAAUAUCGACAGGAUCUUUACUAUGUGGCAACACCUCUACAAUGACACAUACGUGGUCCCCCAGCCUGCUGUUUAUUCUUCUCAUACGACAUCUCCCGGACAGGUAGAAAACGCCCAGACAGCCCUCACACCAUUCUUCUUCAACAAAACAGAUUUCUGGACGGCUGACAUGGUACGGGAUCAUGAAGUUUUCGGCUAUACUUACCCCGAAGUAGCCAACAAGAAUCGCUCAGAACUUGUGGCAACGAUCAACAAGCUCUAUGGGAAGUUCAGCCCGGCUUCUAUAUUCAUGGGGUCGGACAGAAGUCUGCGACACAGCAGCAGACAUACGAAGCAUCCAAGUCACCGUGGGUCGUAUAAAGCAAAUGGCAUAUCUUGGAACAGCCAGUCUUCCAGCAGGCCUUCCUUGGGCGCGGUUUUUAGGGGUGGCAAGUAUCGCGAGUGGAUUGCAAACAUAAAGGUGAACAAGCAUGCUAUGGGUGGUUCAUUUUCAAUCCAUCUCUUCCUAGGGGACGUCCCAUCCGACCCAUCAUCGUGGCCAGUAGCACCCAACUUAGUAGGCACGCACGGAAUCUUCGCUCAUAAAAGCGUGCACAGCCGCGCCUCUGAUAGGAUGGUUACGGGAACAAUCCCCAUGACUUCAGCCCUGAUGCAUAUGGUAACAUCAGGUAAAGUAUCAAGCUUGCAUGCAGAAGAUGCCGAGCCGUUCCUGAAGUCUAACCUCGAGGUACGAGUCUCACUUGCGAAUGGCACGGUAGUCAAUGCUCGCCAUGUAGGCGGACUUAGCAUCAACAUUGUCAGCUCCUUGGUCAAGGCACCAGAGUCGGAGAAUAUGCUUUCGGAAUGGGGUAAAAUGGAAACACAUUUUAAUCUAGUUGGGUAAGGAAACGGGCUACUAGGCCACCUUACUUUAGCAUGUGUUCGGAGGGUUUGUACAAAAAGAGUUGGCAAUGUUGUAUUUGGUCGAUUUCCUAUAGCACACUUGAAAACAAGUCUGAUAGAAGACUUUGAUGUAGUUCGACCAUUAGGUAGCUAUUUCGCUAGGUACUCUUAAUAAUUAAUGUACGCCUCCACCCACUUAGAGGUCCCCAGUAUCGUGGAUCUCAAUACAUGUAAAAGACAUGAGUAGAUAAUUGAUGAUUAGAUAAUUGAAGCUAUUGUAGUAGCUAGUAUCUCGAUUGUAGGAUGGACCCCAAGGUAAUUGUAUAGCUACUACCUAUUGCGGUUAUGUGCUUACUUGUGAUUGGACGAUGUGCUAGCGGGGUUAUCCCUAUCACGGUGAAGUCUACGGGACUUUUCUUCUUGACCUUGAAAAGUUGUGAAAAGUUGUGAAAAGUUGGGCAUACAUCUCAUCUACUAUAUAAUUUCUCUUAUAUUUUAAUCUAGUGAGGGUACCCGGAUAGAUUAAUUGUAGUCGGUAUAAUAGAUAUACUAAUGCCGCAUCGCGAAGUAUUUUAUCGAAACCCGACAAUCGAGAUGGUUGCCAGCUCAUCUGGGCAAGCCAUGGUGCUUAGUGUAAAUGACACGCACAUACGUAAUUGGCUUGAGUGUUUAGUAAGGGGCACGCGUACAUAUGUCUAUGUUGUACAAUGCUCGCUGGUGAUAAUGGGUAGUUAAC